CCAGUAAAGUUGUGAGUAGUACCACAAUACUGUUGAUUGACAACCCUUGCACUCAAUAAUCGUUCACCGAACUUAAUUAAUAUUUAAUAACUAGGCGUUUCUAUCCAAUCAGUGUCUGGAGACGGGGUGGAUAGAGCGUUGCUAAGGCAGACUUCGCAUUUAAGUAUAAAGGAAAUAACAUGGUGCUCUGGUGGCUGUUUAUGUUUAUGUUAAAGAAAGAGGUGGGAGGCGAGUGUUGGUUUUUUGUACUGUAAGUAAUCCACUCAAGUUUUUAUUUUAUACAAUCAAUCUCUGUUGUAUCAAUGUGCCAUCCCCCCAAUGGAAAAGGGUUUGCAGUUUGGAAACCUGAGCAUCUCUCUGGUGCUCCUGCUCCUGCUGACAGCGCUGACGGUGACCUCGCACAACUCGGCUGAGGGGAAGCCCGGACCUGCCGCUGCCAGGGUGGAGACUGGCGAAGAUGGUGCCAGUGCUAUGGAGAGAGGGCUGGAAAACAUCGGGGCUGCAGCGGCUUUUGGGGAUGUAACUGUGGAGGACGAUGAGAACGGUGCAGCCGGUGAAGGGGACGAUACAACUGCAGAAUCAAGUGGGGACGGAAAGCUCAAAAGGUCUCUGGUGAUCAUCAGCACUUUAGAUGGCCGGAUAUCUGCGCUGGACCCAGAGAAUCAUGGCAGGAAGCAGUGGGACCUGGAUGUUGGCUCCGGGACUCUGGUUUCUUCAAGCCUCAGCAAGCCUGAGGUCUUUGGGAACAAGAUGAUCAUCCCCUCAUUGGACGGGGCCCUGUUUCAGUGGGAUCGGGACCGGGAGAGCAUGGAGGCAGUGCCCUUCACUGUGGAGUCCCUGCUGGAGUCUUCCUAUAGGCUGAGAGAAGACACUGUGCUGGUUGGAGGAAAAUCUCUCACAACUUAUGGACUCGGAGCCUACAGCGGCAAGCUUCGAUAUAUCUGCUCUGCGGUGGGAUGCAGCCGCUGGGACGAAAAUGAGCCAGAGCCCGAGGACGUACUGCUUCUUCAGCGAACACAGAAGACUGUCCGCGCAGUGGGACCUCGCAGUGGCAAUGAGAAGUGGAACUUCAGUGUGGGGCACUUUGAGCUGAAGUUUGUCCCCGAGGUGCAGCCCGGAGUGAACUUCCUGGAGGGAGACUUGAAGGGCGGUGGUGUGAAGAGGGAUGACCCCAAGGUGAUCCGGGAAGAGGAGGAAGCAACAGCUGAGACCAAGGACACUGUCAUCAAGGUCUCUGUGGCAGACUGGAAGGUCAUGGCUUUCACCAAGCGUGGGGGGCACCUGGAGUGGGAGCACCAGUUCUGCACGCCCAUUGCCUCUGCCUGGCUGGUGAGGGACGGCAAGGUGAUCCCCAUAAGUCUUUUUGACGAUACCAGCUACACCACACGAUCCGACGAGAUCCUGGAGGACGAGGAGGACAUUGUGGAGGCUGCCAGGGGGGCCACAGAGUCCAGCGUCUACCUGGGAAUGUUCCGAGGACAACUUUACUUGCAGUCAUCUGUCCGCAUUUCGGAAAAAUUCCCAACAAAGUCUAACGCCCUGGAUAGCAUAAGCACAGAGAACGGCAUCAUCUCGCUUCCCACAGUGAAGUGGAAGCCAUUGAUACACUCCCCGUCUAGGACACCUGUGUUGGUGGGGUCAGAUGAGUUUGAUAAGUGUCUGAACAAUGACAAGUUCUCCCACGAGGAGUACAGCAACGGACCACUCUCUGUCCUGCAGUAUCCCUAUGACAAUGGGUACUACUUCCCGUACAGUAGGCGUUACCGGGGGCGGCGGGACACACAGGUGAGCUUGCUGACGCACCAGGACCCCUCACGGGGGGAGCCGCGCAGGAAGGACCCCGUGCUGCUCCUGCCCUGGUGGAAGGAGAUCUUGGGAACCAUUGUCUUCUGCAUUGCCGCCACCACCUACAUUGUGCGCAAGUUCUUCCACCCCUCCACUCUGCACAUGAGCAGACAACGAAAGGAGUCUGAAACCCAGUGCCAGACGGACAGUAAGUUUGAGGAGGAAGACAAUGAAGAGCCAAAAGACAGUAAUGGGACAGAAGGGAGGAACAGCGAAUACGUCUCCAGGUACCUGACUGACUUUGAGCCAGUGCAGUGUCUGGGGAGAGGGGGCUUUGGUGUUGUCUUUGAAGCCAGGAACAAGGUAGACGACUGUAACUAUGCCAUUAAGAGGAUACGUCUGCCUAACAGGGAGCUGGCCAGAGAGAAAGUGAUGAGGGAAGUAAAAGCUUUGGCAAAGCUGGAGCAUCCGGGGAUCAUUCGCUAUUUUAAUGCCUGGCAGGAGACCCCUCCAGAGGGGUGGCAGGAAGAGAUGGAUAAAAGGUGGCUGAAUGAGUCAAGCACCACUGAUUGGCCACUAAGUUCCCCAGACCAUUUGGAGCCAUUGUCAGUAAAGGUGCCUGUCUUAAAGCCCCUUGCUCUUCAGUGUGAGAGCAUGGCCCCGUCCCUGAUCGGGGGAGGAGACUUUAUUUGUGCCCCAGGUGUGGGUCAGCCAGUGUUCCUCCAGGGCCUGGACUCCACCACCACCACCACCACCACCACCACAGAGAACAAGGAAGCCAGCGAGGCCACUGCAGGCAGUCUCCUACAUGGGCAGGACAGCUUCCUGACGGAGAAUGAUAGUCAGUGGGAGCAGGAUGACUCUGACUCCCCGCAUUCCUUUGAGUUCUGCCCCCCUCGGCUCGGCGACGAGAGGACCACCUCCUCCUUCGACAUAGUUUUCGAGGACUCAGGCUGUGACGACACCUCCAAGUCCAUGGAGCCGGACCGCACGGAGCCUGGCAGCCACAGCACCCUGACACAGUGCCCCAGUACAGGCUCUAGGACUCGGGAGCCCAGCAGCACCAGCAACAGUCACCCAGUCCCCCUUUCCCACUCCCCUCCCAGACCCACCAGCCUCAACCUGGUCCAGGCCCCCGUCCUGGGUGAGCGCUCCAAGCCCCCCUCCCCCAAGGUGUUCCUGUACAUCCAGAUGCAGCUGUGCCGCAAGGAGAACCUGAAGGACUGGAUGAGCAAGAGGUGCUGCGUGGAGCAGAGGGACCGCAGUGAGUGUCUGGGGAUCUUCCUGCAGAUCGCUGAGGCUGUGGAGUUCCUGCAUAGCAAGGGGCUCAUGCACCGGGACUUGAAGCCCUCGAAUAUCUUCUUCACGAUGGAUGAUGUUGUGAAGGUGGGAGACUUUGGGCUGGUGACUGCGAUGGAGCAGGAGGAAGAGGAGGAGGAGGCUGCAGUGCUGACACCUAUGCCAGCCUAUGCCAGGCACACUGGACAAGUGGGCACUAAGCUGUACAUGAGCCCAGAGCAGCUUUCUGGAAACUCCUACUCUCACAAAGUGGAUAUCUACUCGUUGGGCCUGAUCCUGUUUGAAUUGCUCUGCCCUUUCAGCACCCAGAUGGAAAGAGUUCGGACCUUAACAGAAGUGAGGAACCUGAAAUUUCCUCCGGUGUUUGUCCAGGAAAACUUGCAAGAGCAUGAGAUGGUGCAGUGCAUGCUGUCCCUGUGCCCGAGUGAGCGCCCUGAGGCGGUGGAGAUCACAGAUUUACCCCUCUUUGAGGAUCUCGAGGUCCCCAGCAGGCUGGUCCUGAGGCAGCGCUCACGCACAUACAGCGCCUCGGGGAGCAGACACUGCAGGCAGCCCAGCACCUGAGAGGAGGGGACCAGGUUCACACAAAACCAGUGGCCUGUGACUGCCUCCCUCUUGGUCUCUUGAUUUUACACUGCUGACACUGCCCUUCUCUAGAGGACUAGCUCCAUGCAGCCUCCUUUUCAGUGGCAUCUCAAACCUGGGUUAUGGGAGAAACAGGACCAAGUGGAAACAAUUUGAGCAACUGGAUCAAAUUGUAUUUUUCUACCCAACUGGAGUUGAAUCCUCAGUCCAAACCCAAGUGGUCUAACCAUGUUAGAAUUUGUUUUUUGGUGGCUGCUUGAUACAGAAUCUGAACCCCCCCCCCUGCAGCCAAAGAGUCCUUCUGUCUCUGUUAAAUAAAUAAAUACAUUUAAAAAAAAACAAAAAAAACAAAAAAAAAACUGUACAAUAUUGUAUUUGGUAAAAUGUACAAAUACUUGGCUUCUGUAAAUCAGCUUCUUGGGCAAACAUAUAUAAUGACUGUGAUCUGAGUUGUGCCACAUCAGCCUUGAAGUUACAAGCAGGUGAGCUGACUGUCUCCAUAUAACCACAAUAGCCUUGGUUAUAAUGUAGUAAAGGUGGUGUAGAUUUGGGGGGGCGGGGGGGUGCUUUGGUGCAGAGUUGAACAAAAUGAACAUCUCUCUCUCAAACACAUCUAAAUUUACACAUGACUAGUACAGAGGUUACAAAAUCCAUUACCUGCUUUUUAUAGGGAGGAUGCCAGGUCUCACUGCCUUUGAAAAAUGUAAUUAGAAACCUUUCUUAAUUUUCUAUAAAUUGUAGUAUAAAUAAAAUGUAAAGCAUUCAGACUUUGUUUUACUGAUGUCCAGUGCUAUCUGCCUACAACAGUGCCCUAAAAUGAUAUUUUUGGACUGAUGGUGAGCGCAUGGUGGUUGAGAUGUGGUCUGUCACUGCCAUACUGUACCUUCCCUUUAACAGGUGACAGAACUGUGCGUAUUUGAGUUGUUUUUCUGAUUCUCUGUCGUGUCCGUUGAUCAGAUCUUUGGUUCAGCCGUCAACCUGUCGUGUUUUUGUUGGCAAAUUUCAAAAGCCAUGUUGGAUUUUUUUUUUUUUUUCAUGUAUAAUUUUAUAGAUGGUGAGACUACUAGAAUAGCUAGCCAAAAAUCUUUCUUGUGCAAGAUACACUCAAUAGAAUGCUCUUCACAAAAAAUGUGAUUUGGAAAGCAUAGACUGAUUGGGAUCAAACUGACAAAAGGAAAUAGCAAUGCAAAUAACAUUGGAGGUUUUGAAGAAAUCUGUCAUUUUUCAUAUUAUUUCUGCAGCAUUGAUGCAUUCAGAAAAUGCUGUUAAUUUUAUAAGUUUUCAAUAUAAAAACCAAACUCUGUCUUAAGUGAUUAUGUACAACUAUGAUAAACUACACUAACGUUUCAGCUAAGGCCUUCAGAGAGAUGUGUGAUGAAGGCAUUCACCAGUUAUUAAAACGAUUAAAGACAAAGUGUAAAAGUGAGAAAACAGAAAACUGUAGAAUUUAAAACCAACACUGCAAAAAAAAUAAGACUGAAAUAAAACAAGGUAGUGUAAGAAUUAUUGCCCACACUGUGAAACAGGUAACACAGCAAUAACGAUCCAUGAUGUGGUACAGGACAAAAAAGCCAGAGCAUUUUUUGGUAUGUUUUUUUUUUUUUUUUUUUUUCUUUUUUAAUCGCUCUUCCUACAGUGAUUUAGAGGACGGAUCUCAAACUCCAGUACACUAGAGGGGACAUUAUGAAAAGAGCUCUGAAACAGACUUUAAAAAUGUAAGUGUCAGAUCUGUAUACAAAUGUAAUUUUUGAACUGUAGACUUCUGUUAUCCAUUCAUUGCAUACUUUGGCCAGUAGAGGGAACUGUUGUGAGAUAUAAUUGCCUUGGCUUAAAAGGACUGAUUUUGUUGCAAUUUCAUUUUUUACUUCUGUUUUUUUUUUUCAUACUUGUAAAUUAUGAUUGGCUACUUUUUUGUAUAUUUUUAUGAAAUGGCAAGUUUUAAAAAUACUGUACUAUUUUAAUGCAGUUUUCUGUUGUAAUUGGAGAUAAAGAGGUGAAAUGAUACUGGAUCAUUAAGAACAAGUAUAAGAAAAUUAUGGACCUGCAAGAAUUUUAAAGGAUUUGGUCCUAUUUUUAUAUAGAGCUGCAUGACAUGUUCAAGAAGGCCUAGGAAGAUGGAUGCCCUGCCUAUAGCACCUAUGCCUCCUGUUCAUUGGUAUAUAUAUAUA